UUCACCACCACAGACCUCAACCUGGUGGAAAUGACGGAAAUAGAGUACACCCAGCUUCAGCACAUACUCUAUUCACACAUGGAGGCACAAGCAAACGAAGGCGAAAUGGAAGCUAGGCUCAAUUCUGCCUUCUUCUCAGCUAGUAAUCCUGCAGAUCAACCUCAGCACCAGUCCUCAGUGAACACCAAUCAAGCUGGCUAUUCAUCAUACUCUGGGAACCAGUCAGUUUACCCAGUUAUCUGUCAGUCAGGUCUAUCUUCUGACAGCAAUUUAAUGGGUUCAAACCAAUGUCUGGGGCACAUUGACUUUCAAGAGCUCAGAAUGAUGCUACUUAGUGAAUCUAAUCUCCCUUCUAAUGAAGUAGAUAAAACACCUAAUAGUAGCUCUGUAGAAGUCACAGGGCACAGUUUAGUAAGAGUUAAACAUGGUGAAAAUUUUGGUGGGACAAAUAAAGAAACUGUACUUGUUGAAAAUUCAGCACCAGCUCCUGAGCCUAGAUCUAAAUCUGCAGUUCGUGUUCGUUUGGAAGACAGAUUCAACAGCAUCCAGACAGAAAAUCCCAGAUGCCAAGAGCCACAAGAAUCGGGAGUGACUCUUAACAAUUUAGUAACACUUAUUCGUCAACCAGCAGAACUAAUGGGUGUGCCUCUUCACCAGCAGCAGAAUAAAUGUACUACAUUAGUGAAAAAUAAGACUGCUGCUGCAGCUACAGCUUUACAGUUCACAUAUCCAUUAUUUACUAUGAAUGCCUGUUCUACUUCUGGAAGUGCUAACCCUUCACAAACACAGAACUCUGGCACAUCAUGUACUAUUCUGGAAGCUGCAAAACAUCAAGACCUUGGAUUACCUAGAGCAUUCUCUUUCUGUUAUCAUCAGGAAAUUGAAUCCACUAAACAAACAGUAGGCACUAGGAAUAAAGCUUUACCUGAACAAGUUUGGAUUAAAGUAGGAGAAGAAGCUUUAUGUAAACAAGCAAUAAACAAAAGAAGUCGCAGCAGAAUACGCCAGUUGGAUGCAAAUGUAGACCGCAAACCUCUUAGUGAAAUUCAAAAUAUAUGUGAUAGCCAAAAUACUGCAUCUGCACAAGGUACUUGGCAGUCAACACAGGUAAAUUCAAGUAUGCUGGCACAGAGUGGAACUCAGGGAGGAAUCUCUCAGCGCCGGGAGAGACAUAACCGCAUGGAAAGAGACAGAAGGCGCAGAAUCCGGAUUUGUUGUGAUGAAUUGAAUCUUCUGGUUCCAUUCUGCACUGCUGAUACUGAUAAGGCAACAACAUUACAGUGGACAACAGCAUUUUUGAAAUAUAUUCAGGAAAGGCACGGGGAUUCCUUGAAAAAGGAAUUUGAGACUGUGUUCUGUGGUAAAACAGGCAGGAGACUAAAACUAACAAGAGCUGACUCAUUAGUAACAUGUCCAAUGCAGGAAAACAUACAGAAUAGCACAGCAAUGGAGAUCAAGUAA